CUCUCUCUCUCUCUCUCUCUGUUCGUUUCGUUUCGUUCCAAUCAUGUCACACCGGGGGAGGGUUGUGCGCGGCGAGGCGUCCGAAUCGGAUGAAAGCGACGACGACGAGCUCGACAUGGACCAGGUCGGCGCGCGCAUUGUCGCCAUGAACACUGCUGCAGAAGGAGCAGGAGCAGGAGCAGGAGCAGGUGACGCGAGCAAGCCAGCUGCAACGACAGCCACUGCUGCGAGCUCAACGGCCGCAUCGACACUCGCUGCUACUGCUGCUGCUGCUACUGCUGCGGCUGCGGCUGCGGCUGCUGGCACUGGUGGCGCGGCGGACGCGAGUCGAGAGGCAGAGGAGGAUCCGCUCAACCAGUCCAGCUCGGCCAUCCCGUCCACUCCAGGCGGCGCGGCAGGAGCGCCACACGCCUGGAACACGCCUGGUGGGCUGUCCACGUCUGGACGAAUGGGGCCGGGGGGUCCGCUGUCCCCGAUGUCGCCGAUGUCGCCAGGUCCUCGAUCGGCCGACGCCUACAGCCCAGCAGACGGUUCCGCUGUCGGUGCUGCUCAAAAGCGACUUCGUGAACGCAACGCCAGCUUAAAGAAAGGUCUGGCUACGCGUCUCUCGCACGUUCAUAACGGUGUCAUCAAGGAGGUUGCAAGCUCAAUUUCCAACCUUACAAAGAUCCAGCAAACCUCGCAGGAUGUCUCGCACCAUUUGCGCGUCUUUAACGACGAUAUUCGGACGCUGAAUGAAAAGAUGGAAAUCAUCACCUCAUAUGACUUUUUGCCAAAGUUUAGCGAGUCGGUUCGGUUUUGAAUAGAAUCUUUGUCUUUUUGUUUUUGAAAUUUGUGCGAGGAAUGUCACUGUGAAGAAUAUAAAUGUUACAAUGUUGUCUUCC